AUGCUGGACCCGCGCGAGACCUUCUCGGGCAUCGCGGGCGCGUUCUGCUGUGUGUACGCAGGUCUUCCGUUCGAGGUCGUGAAGGUGCGGCUGCAGACGCAAGGCACUACGAACGCGUACAAGGGCGUAGCCGACGCUUUCCGCCGCAUCGCCACGGAGGAGGGCGUCGCCGCGCUCUGGAAAGGCGCAGUACCGGCGCUAUCGAGUGCAAUCGUUGAGAACGCAGUGCUCUUUAGUGCCAAUGGCGUCGCGAGACGAGCAGUUGUGGCGUUGCAUGCGACACCGCGCGGAGGACGUGAGCGUGCGGGCGACGAGGACGAGUACGAGCUGACGACACUGGACGAGGCCUACAUGGGGGCGUUUGCUGGCUGCUUCUCUGCUACGGCGAUUACAGUGCCCGAGAACAUCAAGUGCAAGCUGCAGUUCCAACGUGGACACGUGGGUGUCGGACAUUACCAUGGACCUUGGGACUGUCUCGUGAAAGUGGGCAAGACAGAAGGCAUUCGCGGACUCUUUCGAGGCUACUCGUCCCUAUUGCUGCGUGACGUGCCGUUCAGCUUUAUUUUCUUUGGAUCGUACCAAGCUUUUACGUCUGGAGCAGUUCAGCUGCUGAGUAAAGAGUCGAAGAACGACCUGAACGCCGUCGCUAUUCUUGCUAGUGGUGGCCUCGCUGGCGCUUCCAGCUGGAGCGUCGUGUUUCCCGUGGACAUGCUAAAGUCACGAAUGCAGACCGCCAGCGCGACACAUCCGCUUUCGCUGCGAAGCGCCUUCCGUGCAAUUUACUCGGAAUUUGGCAUCCACGGAUUCUACCGCGGCUGGUCGGCCGCCGUAUUGCGUUCGUUCCCGGCCAACGGGUCGCUUUUUGUCGGUGUGGAAAUGACACACCGCCUGUUUCGUUGGUUUGACGCGAAGCAAAGCCAAGUGUAA